GCCCGCGCACUCAGCUCGAUCCAGCGCAGCCCAGGUCCGAGGUACUCCCACUAAGGAGGAAGAGGAUGAUGGCAGGGCCACGUUCCAGCCCAUGGGUGAAGCUGCUGCUGGCAGCAGUGCUGAGUGUCAGCCUCCCUGGAGAUAUGGCCAACCGCUGCAAGAAGGCUCAGGUGAAGAGCUGUACCGAGUGCAUCCGAGUGGACAAGAGUUGUGCCUACUGCACAGAUGAGCUGUUCAAGGAAAGGCGCUGCAACACCCAGGCGGAGCUUCUGGCUGCAGGCUGCCGGGGAGAGAGCAUACUGGUCAUGGAGAGCAGCUUUGAAAUCACAGAGAACACCCAGAUUGACACCAGCCUGCACCGUAGCCAGGUAUCUCCCCAAGGCCUGCAAGUCCGGCUGCGACCGGGUGAGGAGCGCAACUUUGUGUUCAAGGUGUUUGAGCCCCUGGAGAGCCCUGUGGAUCUGUAUAUUCUCAUGGACUUCUCCAACUCCAUGUCUGACGAUCUGGACAACCUCAAGCAGAUGGGGCAGAACCUGGCUAAGAUCCUGCGCCAGCUCACCAGUGACUACACUAUUGGAUUUGGAAAGUUUGUGGACAAAGUCAGUGUCCCUCAGACGGACAUGAGGCCCGAGAAGCUGAAGGAGCCCUGGCCCAACAGUGACCCUCCAUUCUCCUUCAAGAAUGUUAUCAGCUUAACAGAAAAUGUGGAAGAAUUCUGGGACAAGCUACAAGGAGAACGCAUCUCAGGCAACCUGGACGCUCCUGAAGGAGGCUUUGAUGCCAUCCUGCAGACAGCCGUAUGCACAAGGAACAUUGGCUGGAGGGCUGACAGCACCCACCUGCUGGUGUUCUCCACCGAGUCUGCCUUCCACUAUGAGGCCGAUGGUGCCAACGUGCUGGCCGGCAUCAUGAACCGUAAUGAUGAGAAAUGCCACCUGGACGACACGGGUACCUACACCCAAUACAAGACACAGGACUACCCAUCCGUGCCCACACUGGUUCGCCUGCUUGCCAAGCACAACAUCAUCCCCAUCUUCGCUGUCACCAACUACUCUUACAGCUACUAUGAGAAGCUCCAUAAAUAUUUCCCUGUCUCUUCUCUGGGAGUCCUGCAGGAGGACUCAUCCAACAUCGUGGAGCUGCUGGAGGAGGCCUUCUAUAGAAUUCGCUCUAACCUGGACAUCCGGGCUCUGGACAGCCCAAGAGGCCUGAGGACAGAGGUCACCUCCGAUACUCUCCAGAAGACAGAGACUGGGUCCUUUCACAUCAAGCGGGGGGAAGUGGGCACAUACAAUGUGCAGCUUCGGGCAGUGGAGGACAUAGACGGAACACAUGUGUGCCAGCUAGCCAAAGAAGACCAAGGGGGCAACAUCCACUUGAAACCCUCCUUCUCCGACGGCCUCCGGAUGGAUGUGAGCGUGAUCUGUGACGUGUGUGCCUGUGAGCUGCAAAAGGAAGUUCGGUCAGCUCGCUGUAACUUCAGAGGAGACUUCAUGUGUGGACAUUGUGUGUGCAACGAGGGCUGGAGUGGCAAAACCUGCAACUGCUCCACGGGCUCUCUGAGUGACACGCAGCCCUGCCUGCGUGAUGGAGAGGACAAACCAUGCUCGGGCCACGGUGAGUGCCAGUGCGGACGUUGUGUGUGCUACGGCGAAGGCCGCUACGAGGGUCACUUCUGCGAGUAUGACAACUUCCAGUGUCCCCGCACCUCUGGAUUCCUGUGCAAUGACCGGGGACGCUGCUCCAUGGGAGAGUGUGUGUGUGAGCCUGGUUGGACAGGCCGCAGCUGUGACUGUCCCCUCAGCAAUGCCACCUGCAUCGAUAGCAAUGGGGGCAUCUGCAAUGGACGAGGCUACUGUGAGUGUGGCCGUUGUCACUGCAACCAGCAGUCGCUCUACACGGACACCACCUGUGAGAUCAACUACUCUGCGAUACGCCUGGGCCUCUGUGAGGACCUCCGAUCCUGUGUACAGUGCCAGGCCUGGGGCACCGGGGAGAAGAAAGGGCGCAAGUGUGAGGAGUGCAGCUUUAAGGUCAAGAUGGUAGACGAGCUUAAGAAAGCGGAAGAGGUGGUGGAGUACUGCUCCUUCCGGGACGAGGAUGACGACUGCACUUACAACUACACCGUGGAGGGCGAUGGCAGCCCUGGGCCCAACAGCACGGUCCUGGUCCACAGGAAGAAAGACUGCCCUCCCGGCUCCUUCUGGUGGCUCAUCCCCCUGCUCAUCUUCCUCCUGUUGCUCCUGGCUUUGCUUCUGCUGCUCUGCUGGAAAUUCUGUGCCUGCUGCAAAGCCUGCCUGGGGCUUCUUCCUUGCUGCAACCGAGGUCACAUGGUGGGCUUUAAGGAAGAUCACUAUAUGCUUCGGGAGAACCUGAUGGCCUCCGACCACCUGGACACGCCCAUGCUACGGAGCGGGAACCUCAAGGGACGAGACACGGUCCGCUGGAAGAUCACCAACAAUGUGCAGCGGCCCGGCUUUGCCACCCAUGCGGCCAGCACCAGCCCCACAGAGCUCGUACCCUACGGGCUGUCCCUGCGCCUUGGCCGCCUCUGCACUGAGAACCUCUUGAAGCCCGGCACCCGAGAGUGUGACCAGCUACGCCAGGAGGUGGAGGAAAAUCUGAACGAGGUGUACAGACAGGUGAGCGGCGCGCACAAGCUCCAACAGACAAAGUUCCGACAGCAGCCCAAUGCCGGGAAAAAGCAAGACCACACCAUUGUGGACACAGUGUUGCUGGCGCCCCGCUCCGCCAAGCAGACGCUACUGAAGCUGACAGAGAAGCAGGUGGAGCAGGGGGCCUUCCAUGAACUCAAGGUGGCCCCUGGCUACUAUACCCUCACGGCAGAGCAGGACGCCCGGGGCAUGGUGGAGUUCCAGGAGGGCGUAGAGCUGGUGGAUGUGCGUGUGCCCCUCUUUAUCCGGCCUGAAGAUGAUGAUGAGAAGCAGCUGCUGGUGGAGGCCAUUGAUGUCCCCGUGGGCACUGCCACCCUUGGUCGACGGCUGGUAAACAUCACCAUUAUCAAGGAACAAGCUAGCGGGGUCGUGUCCUUUGAGCAGCCUGAAUACUUGGUGAGUCGUGGAGACCAGGUGGCCCGCAUCCCUGUCAUCCGGCACAUCCUGGAUAAUGGCAAGUCCCAGGUCUCCUACAGCACACAGGAUAAUACAGCACAUGGACACCGGGAUUAUGUCCCCGUGGAGGGUGAGCUGCUGUUCCACCCCGGAGAGACCUGGAAGGAGUUGCAGGUGAAGCUCCUGGAGCUGCAGGAAGUCGACUCCCUCCUGCGUGGCCGCCAGGUCCGCCGCUUUCAAGUCCAGCUCAGCAACCCCAAGUUCGGAGCCCGCCUGGGCCAGCCCAGCACAGCCACAGUUAUCAUCGGGGAACACCACGAUGAAACGGACAGGAGUCUCAUAAGUCAGACACUUUCAUCGCCGCCGCCACCCCACGGAGACCUGGGCGCCCCACAGAACCCCAACGCCAAAGCUGCCGGGUCCAGGAAGAUCCAUUUCAACUGGCUGCCCCCUCCUGGCAAGCCAGCGGGGUAUAGGGUGAAGUACUGGAUCCAGGGCGACUCUGAGUCUGAAGCCCACCUGCUGGACAGCAAGGUGCCCUCCGUGGAACUCACCAACCUGUAUCCGUAUUGCGAGUAUGAAAUGAAGGUUUGUGCCUACGGGGCACAGGGUGAGGGGCCCUAUAGCUCACUGGUGUCCUGCCGCACCCACCAGGAAGUACCCAGCGAGCCAGGGAGGCUGGCUUUCAACGUAGUCUCUUCUACGGUGACUCAGCUGAGCUGGGCAGAACCAGCUGAGACCAAUGGCGAGAUCACAGCCUAUGAGGUCUGCUAUGGACUGGUCAAUGAGGACAACCGACCCAUUGGACCUAUGAAGAAGGUGCUCGUGGACAACCCCAAGAACCGCAUGCUGCUCAUUGAGAAUCUUCGAGAAUCCCAGCCAUACAGAUACACGGUGAAGGCGCGGAACGGGGCAGGCUGGGGACCCGAGAGAGAGGCCAUCAUCAACCUGGCCACACAGCCCAAGCGGCCCAUGUCCAUCCCCAUCAUCCCAGACAUCCCCAUAGUGGAUGCGCAGGGUGGAGAAGAUUACGAAAACUUCCUCAUGUACAGUGAUGACGUUCUUCGUUCCCCAGCCAGCAGCCAGAGGCCCAGUGUUUCUGAUGACACUGAGCACCUGGUGAAUGGCCGGAUGGACUUUGCCUAUCCAGGCAGUGCCAACUCACUGCACAGAAUGGCUGCAGCCAAUGUGGCCUAUGGCACGCAUCUGAGCCCACACCUGUCCCACCGAGUGCUGAGCACGUCGUCUACCCUGACCCGGGACUACCACUCUCUGACGCGCACAGACCACUCUCACUCAGGCACACUUCCCCGGGACUAUUCCACCCUCACUUCCCUUUCCUCCCAAGGCCUCCCUCCUAUCUGGGAAGAUGGGAGGAGCAGGCUUCCACUGUCCUGGGCCCUUGGGUCCUGGAGCCGGGCUCAGAUGAAGGGUGUGCCCGCAUCCAGGGGUUCACCAGACUCUAUAAUCCUGGCCGGGCAGUCAGCAGCGCCCUCCUGGGGUACAGACUCCCGUGGGGCUGUGGGUGUGCCUGACACACCCACUCGGCUGGUGUUCUCCGCCCUGGGGCCCACAUCUUUGAAGGUGAGCUGGCAGGAGCCACAGUGUGAUCGGGCGCUGCUGGGCUACAGUGUGGAAUACCAGCUACUGAAUGGCGGCGAGAUGUAUCGGCUCAACAUCCCUAACCCUGGCCAGACCUCGGUGGUGGUAGAGGACCUCCUGCCUAACCACUCCUACGUGUUCCGGGUGCGGGCCCAGAGCCAGGAGGGCUGGGGCCGAGAGCGAGAGGGUGUCAUCACCAUCGAGUCCCAGGUGCACCCGCAGAGCCCUCUCUGCCCCCUACCAGGCUCAGCCUUCACCCUGAGCACACCCAGUGCCCCAGGCCCACUGGUGUUCACUGCCCUAAGCCCGGACUCUCUGCAGCUGAGCUGGGAGCGGCCAAGGAGGCCCAAUGGAGAUAUCCUUGGCUAUCUGGUGACCUGUGAGAUGGCCCAAGGAGGAGGACCAGCCAGGACCUUCCGGGUGGAUGGAGACAACCUCGAGAGCCGACUGACUGUACCUGGCCUCAGUGAGAACGUUCCUUACAAGUUUAAGGUGCAGGCCAGGACAACCGAGGGCUUUGGGCCAGAGCGUGAGGGCAUCAUCACCAUAGAGUCUCAGGAUGGAGGCCCCUUCCCACAGCUGGGCAGCCAUUCUGGGCUUUUCCAGAACCCAGUGCAAAGCGAGUACAGCAGCGUGACCAGCAGUCACAGUACCACUACUGAACCCUUCCUCAUGGAUGGACUAACCCUGGGGACCCAGCGCCUGGAAGCAGGGGGCUCCCUCACCCGGCAUGUGACCCAGGAAUUUGUGAGCCGGACCCUGACGACCGGCACUCUCAGCACUCAUAUGGACCAACAGUUCUUCCAAACCUGAACUCCUCAGUAGCCCGGGCCCCUCCUUGCCUCCUCCCCUAGCACCUUCUUCUCUGCUGUUCUACCCAUCUGCCUGCUGACCACAGAGCCAGCCCCUGUAGUCAGAGAGCAAGGGGUAGGUGCUGUCUAGGAAGUGUGAAGUAGGCAAAGGUGACAUAAGGCCUUUCUGACUUCCUCCUGCCCUGGGUCCAAACCCACAUGUAACCAAAAACUGGAGCUGGCACAAGGACCCAGCCUUUGUUCUGCACUUAAUAAAAGAUUUUGCUACUGCA